AUGGAAAACUGGGGCGGAGUAGAUUAUGGUUACGAACAAGAGAGCAGGUUGUGGAUUCUUGAGGAUGCUGAGAAGCAGGAAUGGUCGAGCAUGGCGUUUGCCUUGCCUUCCGAGUGGGAAAGUUUAUAUGGGGCUUACGGUAUUACGGUGUAUAGAGGAGUGUUUUAUACCGGCGAGCGCGAGCUCAUGGUGUUCUAUCCAUGGCUAGAGUCAUCUAAGCCAUUUUGUGUUUGCUAUUAUGAUUUUAACAGAGUAUAA